AUGAGGGGAGGCAAGUUCCAACAGAAGGUGGUGGAGGACGGCUGCACGCGGAACUCGGAAUCGCUUUUCGAGACGCGUUCUAUCGUGGAUAUCGUGGCGAUCGAGGCGCGCACGAGGAAGGAGGUGGAGGAGAAGAAGGAGGAGCUGCGGCAGCUGGUCGGCGCGAGCUAUCGCCACCUCAUCGAAUCCGCGGAUUCGAUUCUCGACAUGCGGAGGUCGUGCGAGGCUGUGGUGCGCAAUGUGGCAGCUAUGGAAUCGGACUUCGCUCUGUUGCACAAAACCAUCUCCACCACCGCCACCACCACCCCUGCUGCUGAUGCCAAGCGCAAGCGCAAGGAGGCCCUGUACGCCCUGGGAAGCAGAGUCAAGUACCUGGUGGACACUCCAGAGAAGAUCUGGGGGUGUCUGGACGAGCGAAUGUUCCUGGAAGCUGCGCAGCGGUUCAUGCGCGCAUGGGAGGUGCACCAGCUGCUGUCGCCCUCCCCGGCUGAUGGAGCAGCAGCAGGGGGAGGGUGGCAGGCGCAGCAGCAAGGGUUGAUGGCGUCUUUUCCGCUGCUGCGGCAUCAGUGGCCGCUUGUGGAGACGUUUCGCACCCAGAUUGUUGAAAGGAGCAGGGAGUGUCUGCAUGAUGCAUCCCGCAUUCCUGCAGCCGGGGUGGGGGAGUAUGCAGCAGCACUGGCAGCAGUGGCAGUGAUGGAAGAGCUCUCGUCCCACGACCUCCUCGCUCUCUUCCUUGAUGCUCGUAGAGCGUGCCUGCGCUCCCAGCUAGCCUCUGCCACCUCAGCUCUGGGUGCCGGUGGGAGUUUUGCUGAUGCGCUAGCGUCACUGCUCAGCCAGUUGGUCGCUAUGAUUCAGCUCACGCUGUGCCAGACGGGGCAGCUGUUCCUGGAGGUUUCCUCAGCUGAAAGAGCAGUGCUGCUGGGGGUGCUGCUGCAAGGAGCACCGCAGGCACAGCUGUUUGGCGGCAUCCCGCGCCCCGACAGGGAGCUCGCGCUCUGGCACCGCCACAGGGAUGCUCUGGAAGCCAGAUUGCCUUCCUUGAGCAGCAAGGAGGUGGCAGAGGCGUGUCAAAACUGGCUCAAAGCAUGCGCUGCUGACAUUGCUGGUGAGUCUCUGUCUGUGGGUGUCCAGAGGGAGCUCGCGCUCUGGCACACACACAGGGACGCUCUGGAAGCCCGACUGCCAUCUCUCAGCAGCAAGGAGGUGGCAGAGGCGACUUUUGAGGCACCUCAUAUGGUGUUUUGUUCUCCUUUUCUCCCACUCUCCCCACUCUCCCUCCACUCCCUCCACUCCCCGUCCUUUCCCCCCUCCCACCAGCCGAAUCCAGGAACCUUCUCAGCAGGGAACCUUCUCAGCAGGGUCACCCAGAUCCGCCAUCUGGCGCAAGCAGAGGCCGCCACACGUGCAGCGAUCGCCAACAAGGACAUCUUCUCUGCCAGCCUGGACUGGCUGACGUCAGCCUUCGGAUCUCCCCCUGACUCCCCCUGGCGAGCCCUCUGCGAGCUGCUAUUAAAAGAGCCUAAGGACCUAUGGAGCGAGUUAUUCGAGGCUGCGUUCGCACUUAGAGCGCGGGAGAUUAUAGAUGGUGCGUUUUCGGGGUUGACGCUGAGGGAGGAGAUUGAUGGAGUGUUGAGGGAGGUCGGGGAUGUAGUGGCUGUGGCAGCGGUUGUUUCAGCUGAGAAUGCCGCUGCUGCUGCUGCUGGUGGUGGCGGUGCUCCUGGUGCUGCUGGUGCUGUCGCUGUUGGUGGUGCUGCUGUUGUUGCUGCUGCCGCUCGUGCUAUUGCCAGUGAGAAGGCAGCAGGUUUGGCAGGAGGAGACAGGAGGUUCAGGGCAGGUUGGGCGAGGCUACCCCCUCUUACUGACGUUAUAGGCCAAUCAGGGUUCGAAGAAACAGGGGGUUUUGCCGUUGGGGAGGCAGUUUGGGGCAGCCUGGGAGAGGAGUUGGGUGCGGUGGGGCUGGGUAAAGGUGGGGGACCGGGAGGAGCAGGCGGAGGGGGCAAGGAGGGUGGGAAAGAUGGUGGAAAGGAGGGGCGGAGGGGGAAUGGAGAGGCAGUUUUGCGUGGUACACAGGUGUAUGAGCCACAGGUGGCAGUGGUAUGGCAGCAACUAGACUCCAAAAUCCAGGAGAUUCUGCUAGAUGCCCUCACGCUCCUCCUCCCACACUCUGCACUCGCUCCCUCUGCCCAUCAAUCCAUCUCCUCCUCAUCCUCUUCAUCGGAUUUCUCUACCCCUGCCUCCGCCGCCGCCGCUUCAGCAGCUUCAGCGGCGUCCCGAACCAAGGAGCUGGCUCCGUACCUGCAGGAUCGUUGCCACGAGUGUGUGAUGCGGCUGGUUAGGCUGCUGGCAAGCAGGCUUGGGGACCUACAGAAGCAGCAGCAGGCAGAGCAAGUGGAGAGGGCGGAGGGGGCGGAGGGGGGAAGGAGAGGAGAGGGAGAGAAUGGCAGUGUUGAGAACAGCUCUGAAGGCGUGGCAGCAACAGCAGCAGGGGAAAGAUCACCAUCCAACGGUCCAGAUGCAGCGAAUGCUCCUCGGAGGUUAUCCGCGCAAGUGGCGGUUGAACAGGCUCUCCUGAUUGGCCGGCUUGCGGCGGCUGUAGCACAGAGCUCGUCCUCCCUAGCUGUAGCGCUUGGCCCCAGUUCCACCUGGCCGGCUGUAGCAGCAGCUGCUGCCGCUACAGCCAGUGGCGAUACUGCCGCAUCGGUUGAUUCAACUGCUGCUGGAGCAACCUCAGAAGCUAGUUCUGGGGCGGUUUAUAACGGGGAUGCUGGGAGGGAUGGGGCAAGGGCAGGGGAGCCGGUGCUACAGUGGCCAGCCCAGGAAGUUGUUGGGAGUAUUAUUGCAGCAGCGGUGGCAGGAGGGGGGGGUGGUGGCAGUGGGAGUGGCGGUGGCGGUGGUGGUGGUGGGUUCAGCUGGAUGGGUGGUGGUGGUGUGGGAUUUGGAGGAGUGGGAGGGGGGUCGGGCAGGAGGGGUGGGAGGAGGGUGACGGAUCUUGCUGCUGUUACGGCGAGAUCGGCUGAAUUCGCUCGGCUGCAUGAGAUUCAAAGGGAGCUGCGGCGGCUGAGCAUCUUGGCCCACUCGCACUGGGUGACCCACAGCACCCGCCUGCUCGCCUCCGCUUUCAGCCACAAUCUCAUGCACGAUCCAGCUCUCACCACCGCAACUCCCCUCAAGGGCUGGGAAGAGACAGUGGUGCAGCAGGAGGGGGAGGAGGGCGAGGCCAAGGUGGAGAUGCGAAUGACCCUCCCGGCCUGCCCCUCGCCCUAUGUGGCUUCGCUGCUCUUUGCCGCCUCUGCUGAUGUGCAUCGAGUGGGCUGCCACUCCCUUGACCGCCUCGUGCUGAGGCUGUUUGCAUGGGAACUCUCAGGGCAGGUUUUGGCAGCCUACGAAGCCAUUGCCUCUGCUCGGCGCGCAUCAGAGAAGGGAGUGCUGCAGCUGUUGUUUGAUGCUCGCCUGCUGUCAGACGUGCUGUCAGGAGGGGCGGAGCUGCCUCUGGAAGCACUCAGAGCGGGAGCAGGGGCAGCAGCAGGAGGUGUGGCAGGGGAAGCGGCAGGAGGGGGACCUGUAGCAAGGGCGGGUUCAGGAGGGGGAGCAGGAGCAGGUGCAGGGGCAGCAGCGAGCAUUGGUGGGUCGGUGGCAGCAAGGAAGAAACGAGUGGCAUCGCUGCUGGAGAAGCUGCAGGAGGAGCUGGAUCCGAUUGACAGAGCCGCCUAUCUGCCCUUCCUGUGGCAGAACCAGCAGCGUUUCUACCUGCGCUCAGCAGUGCUCUUCGGCCAUCUGGCCCAGCUGCAUCGCCUCUACUCCGAUGCUGCCCCACGCCAUCCCUACGCCACAGACGCCAACACCCUCGACACUGCUCCUACUGUUCCGCGCUUCACCUUCCUGCCGAUAAGCUCACCGCUUCUGGCCAAUGGUGGGCUGGCACCUGGCGGCAAACCCCGCCGUCCAUCCACCUUUGGAGACGUCUCACUAUCCGUUUCUGGUUCCAGCAGCAACAGUGGCGCUCCAGUCUCCCGAGUGCCUAGUGGGUCAGGGGCAGGGGCAGCUGCAGCAGCAGCAGGUGGUGGUGGGUUUGGAGGGGUUGGAAGCGGUGCGUGGGGAGAAGAUGGGGCUCUUGGAGGGGCGUUCUCGUUUGCAGAUUCCACGGGGCUUUCUGCUACACCUAUUUUCAAGUCACUUAUGGGUCAGGUCAAACUGGGUUCGAUUCUCGGCGACGGCAGUCAAGUGACGCGCAACAUUUCAAAUCUUCAAGAGAUGUUCAACCAGCCGUCGCAGGCAGCUGGGCUGUUCUCGUCACUUACAAGUGCCGCUGCUGGCAGCUCCUCUCGCCUGCAAGAGCUGUUUUAA